AUGUCAAAAGUUCCUGGGAGACGACACUAUCUCAAUACAAAUAAAUGUAGUACAGAAGAAAUAAAAUUUUUCCCAUAUAAACGAAUUAUUCCACAUGGUUAUUGUAUAAAAGAUGAUUUAAAUUGGCGGCCACAUAAUUUAGCAUUAAAUCCAAUUUAUUCAGAUUAUGGAUUAGAUUGGUCAUCAAAAUUGCGUUAUAUUGAAGCAUAUAAAGAUGAAAAUAGGAAAGAUGAAAAUAUUUGGCCAGAACAUUCAAGUCAUUUAAGAACAUAUCCAGAAUUAAAAUGUCAUGGAAUGAGUCCAGAAUGGUCAAUCUAUACGGAUGGAUAUACUACUGGAAAGAAAUGUUUAUUCAAUGGAAUUCAUCAACGUAGUGUUUAUUGUACAUCAGAAUAUAGUUUACAUGAUGGAUUCACGCAUAAAAGGCAAAGGGAUAUUAUAGACCAACAUAAUGGUAUAUUUAAUUCAAUGAAACCAGGAGAUAAAAGCUAUGGUUCUGUAGAAUAUUCACCAAAUUUUUAUAAAAUUAAUUCAUCUGUUCCAAAAGUUCAAUUUGGAGAACAAUCAACUGAGCGGGAAUUCAAUCAAGAUUUAACAUUAAUACGUAAAGAAUUACGUGAAUUAGAUGAUUGGAAACCAGCUCCAACUUUAACUGAAACUAUAUCGUCUGUGAAGUUUUCAAGGAAGUAGUUUAAAAACCCUUUAUAUACAAUUAUAUGAUAUGCAUUACCAGUAAUGAUUUUAAAACACGUAUAUAUGCAUCUGAAUUAUAUUUGAGGAAUGGGAAAAAUACUGGGUGACUGAAAAGGAAGUCGAAAUUUAAACAAAUGCUAAGGCUCAUAAGGCGGUCGGCGGAUUAAGUAAACAGUCUAGAGUUAGAUAGGGGCGGACAAACCAAAACGUGGUAUCAAUCAAAGAAGUCAAUAACUGCUGGUCUGAGCCAUGUGGAUGGUAGAUGCAGACUACUUUGUUGGAGUCCGUGUGACUAUCAUAACCAAUGGUUGGAGACUCUGUG